GCUGGCAGGCAGGCCCCUGGGCGGCCUCUGUCAACUGACAUUAGUUUUAGUUUUUCUUCCACAUAAAUUUCGGUAAAAAAAAAAAAAAAUAAAUAAAAAAAAUAAAAACCAAAAAAAAAUUUUAAAAAAAUAUUUACUCAAAAAAACUAAGUAAAGCCAACAAGAAAUGGCUAACUCUGGCACGCCCAGGGCAGCUUCAACUGAUGCGAACGCCUUGGAGCUGCAGCGGCUGAUCUCACGCAGCUACAAAUCGAUGAACAAACUGGUUCACUUCUACAAUGGCCAGCUGCACGAGGAGCUGAGCACGCUGAUGAGCUCCAUGCAAGAGGAUCAGCUACCGAGACGCAGCAUCAGUGAACAUAGCUCGCAGCUAACUGAGGCACUCGACUUGAAGUGUUUGGCAGGCUUCAAUAGGCUAAGCCAUUUCCUAAUGAUGCGGCCCAGUUGCAGCAGUCUCGAUUUGCAUGGCACCGCCGAAUUCAGGCAACUCUAGGCCCAGCAAAAUUGAUUCAUAGAGCUGGCAAACGGUUCGCAAGGAAAUUCACCCAAGAAAUGGCUUCAAAGCGCAUUGCAGCACCUAACGAGUACUGACGCUUGUUCAUUUUGUAAACGAGUUUUCCAUAUGAGUAAAUCAUUUUAUUAUCAUAGCAUUUCACGAAUUUAUGCGAAUAAUACACUCUGUUCUAAAUAUUUGGGCUACAAAUUGUUUGCGUUUAUCCAAUAAAACUAAAUGAAUUACUAUUGAA